AUGUAAUAAAAAUUUAAGUCAAACCUUUAAAAUAUAAUUACCGAAUGUGAAUAACUUAAGGAUUAAAAUGCUAGUUUUAAUUUGGAAAUAUCCAACUUUACAACUAAAUAUAGAAUAAGAUUUAGCAAUAUUAUAAAAAGAGCUUAAACAGAGGAAUCUAAGAAAAUGCAAGAAGAAAAAUCAUUGAAGUAUGAUUAUCAAUACUUUUCAGAAUGAAUAUUAAAUUACAUAAUUACCUUUGUAAAUAAAUUAUUGAUUCGACUCAAUAUAAUUUGUAGAGGCCAAAUAGGAAGGCCUAAAAAUAUAAGUUAUAAGAAGAAACAUUUUUUGAUAGGAAUCCGGUAUUGUAUCUCAAAUAACAAUUAUAAUAAGAUAAAUAAAGGAGUCUUAAAUUAUCAUUAUAAGCUAGACAUUUUUCUAUUCAAUAACAAAAAUUUGUAUAAAAAUUAGAAAACUAUAAAGACUUUAUAGGAUUAAAAUGA